UUUGAUUUGGACAAGGACAUUCUAAGAGGUCUCCUAUGACUUGCACCAGCUGCUGAGUUACACUCUGUUACUCCGGCUCAGACGAAGAAGACAACGCGAUGCAUGUUCCCGUCGUUUUGCUAUGCAUUUGCCUCUUAUGGUUGACCAGCUCCAAUGCCAUACCUUGCGACUCCUGUGGCAAGGAGUGCGCUAGCGCCUGCGGCACCAAACACUUUCGCACUUGCUGCUUCAACUAUCUACGCAAGCGCACGGAUCCAGAUGCACUGCGUCUCAAUUCGAAUAAACGGCUGAUAGACUUCAUAUUGUUGCAAGGACGCGCGCUCUACACGCAGGAGCAGCGCGAACGCCGCAACAAUGCCACGCUCAUGGAUAUUGGCCUGAAUACUUACUAUGUCUAAACUGGAACUAUAUAGAUAAUACUAAUGAUUUGACGACUGGACCGUUUGAAAUGUUAAUUUUUCAAUAAAAGGCGCAUUCAAGAUUUUUUCUCCUGCAAAAUGCUUCAUAAAGCAGUUUACAUC